AUGUUUUUGCAAGUGGGAAGUCGCUGUGUUGUACAGGGUUGUGGCAACCGCUCUAAUAGAGCGGCUGGAGUUGCCUUGCACAGCCCUACAGAAAAAACAAGAGAUGUGUGGCUUCGUUUCAUGAGGACCAAAAGGAAGAAUUUCAACCCAAAGCCAGGGACCAAAUUCGUGAUAUGUUCUGUUCAUUUUGAGGCAUCUUGUUCUACACGGCCCUUCCACCCAAGCCAAUGUCGACAAGUUUGGCGUGGGUCGUUUCCGAGUAUA